GUAUGUUCCGGCCAUGCGAAGAAUCUUGGCAAUAGCCGCUGAGAUGUUUGGCAAUUGGAUCACCGACGAGAUCAUUGACGAGGAAGUGCUGAGAAACAUCACUCUGGCUCUCGUCUGCGUCAUGAUUUGCACCGCAGUCCUCAUCGUCAAUCUCCAGAUUUGCUUCUGGAUCUUCAUCUGCGUCCUCCUGACUCUCGUCAAUGUCUGUGGCUUCAUGCAGCGUUGGGGUCUCACCAUAGAUCUCGUGAGUUGCAUCGGAUUGCAGCUGGCGGUGGGUCUCUGCGUGGACUAUGCCGCUCACAUUGGCCAUAGCUUCCUUACAGUCACCGGAACGAGGAACCAACGCGCCCUCAGCACACUGAUGCACAUAGGCGAAGCUGUACUUUAUGGCGGAGGAUCCACUUUGCUCGCCUUGUCUUUGUUGGCCACAUCUAAGGCCUACAUCUUCACGUCAUUUUUUAAAAUCUUCCUUUUGGUCAUUCUUUUUGGCCUCUUUCACGGUAUCGUUUUCCUACCCGUUAUCCUCAGUAUUGUAGGUCCUCCUCCCUACGCCCAACCUCUGCGUCCAACCGCGGCAAACGGAUCUUACGUGGGAGAAGAAAUGAACUCGAUGAUCAAGAGUCAGCAGCGACUAGAAACUCCUGACGAAAGUGCCCAACUCAGAACUCCAGAAUAAGAUU